UCGGCUUGGAGAAACCCGAGCCGCGAGCAGGCCGCGCGCGAAGUCCCGCCUUCUCCGAGACAGCGAGAGCUUUUCUCGGCUCGGCCCCUUCGAAGGCCCCAACUUCCACAUCGCACCCAGGUGGGUGUACCACCUCGCCAGCGCCUGGAUGGUCAUUGUGGUCAUCGCGUCUGUCUUUACCAACGGGCUUGUACUGGUGGCCACCAUGCGCUUCAAGAAGCUGCGCCACCCCCUGAACUGGAUCCUGGUGAACCUGGCGGUCGCUGACCUAGCAGAGACACUCAUUGCCAGCACCAUCAGUGUUGUGAACCAGGUGUACGGCUACUUUGUGCUGGGCUACCCGCUAUGUGUCGUGGAAGGCUACACCGUCUCCCUGUGUGGCAUCACAGGCCUCUGGUCCCUGGCCAUCAUCUCCUGGGAGAGGUGGCUGGUGGUGUGCAAGCCCUUUGGCAACGUAAGGUUUGACGCCAAGCUGGCCAUAGCGGGCAUCGUGUUCUCCUGGGUCUGGUCUGCGGUGUGGACGGCCCCACCCAUCUUCGGCUGGAGCAGGUAUUGGCCCUAUGGUCUGAAGACGUCCUGUGGCCCCGAUGUGUUCAGCGGCACCUCGUACCCCGGCGUGCAGUCCUACAUGAUGGUGCUCAUGGUCACCUGCUGCAUCAUCCCCCUUACCAUCAUCGUGCUGUGCUACCUGCACGUGUGGCUGGCCAUCCGGGCGGUGGCGAAGCAGCAGAAAGAGUCUGAGUCUACCCAGAAGGCCGAGAAAGAGGUGACCCGCAUGGUGGUGGUCAUGGUCCUUGCCUACUGCCUCUGCUGGGGGCCCUACGCCUUCUUUGCAUGUUUUGCCACUGCUCACCCUGGCUAUGCAUUUCACCCUCUGGUGGCUGCCCUGCCAUCCUACUUUGCCAAAAGUGCCACAAUCUACAACCCCAUCAUCUACGUCUUCAUGAACCGGCAGUUUCGAAACUGCAUCUUGCAGCUUUUUGGGAAGAAGGUUGAAGACAGCUCCGAACUCUCCAGCACCUCCAAAACAGAGGCCUCCUCUGUGUCUUCAGUGUCCCCUGCAUGAGGGCUGCCUCCCACCUGCCCGCCAUGGCUCUGGCCACCUCUUCCCCUUUCUUCUGUCCCUGUGAAAUAAACGGAAUUGCUCUUUGCCAGAACCAAA